GUGAGAGUAAAUUUCCUUUUUCAACACGGAAUCGGCACGCGUCCAACAAAACUAUCUAACUAACUAAGUGCUUGACAAGAAGAAGAAAAGAACCCACGAAAUUGAAUUUGCAAAACUUUUGCAAAAACUUCUCUAAACAUUUGAAUAUGUGUUAACAAAAAAAAAAACAACAACAAUAACAACAAAAAUCGAAAACUUUUGCAACUCUUUGGGAUUAAAAGCAAAAACAACAACAAAAACAAAACAAACUUUUGCACCGACAAAACUUACCAGCAACAAAAAUAAAGGAUAAUCAAAACCUCAAAACAAAAUGGUCAACAAACAGUAUACAGCCAACGAUCUGGAGGCCUUUAUGAAGAUCGCCGCCAACUGGCAGAAUUCCAAUCACAAUUUGCUAGAGGGCGUCGACUUGAAGACGGAAAUGACACAAUACAUGAACAGUCCCUCGAUGAACAUGUAUAAGAAACGUGAACGCACUCAGAAUUGGAAUCAUCAGGAGAAAAAGUACCUAUUGGAUUUGUGUCGCAAGGAUAUGAGGAUUAUAGAGAACAAACGUUUGGAUGCAGGACUAACGGCAGUCAAGAAUAAAGCUUGGAAAAUAAUCCAUCAAAAGUUCUCUAACCAAUUUGGCACAGAUCGCACUUGUAAUCGCCUCAAGGAGCAAUGGCGACGUAUGAAAGCUUGCACGCGUAAUGAAAUAUUGGACUAUAAUAAUCGUUUGGCCAGAUUUGGGGCAGAGGUGGCCGAUCGCAAGAAGCCGUCGCCAUUUACCUUUGAGGUCUGGGAUUUCAUGCAAGAGGCGAAAAAGGCCUGUAAAUCUGAGGCAUUGGAUGGCAUAGAUUAUUCCAAAAUUCCCUUGGCAUUGGAAGAAGACUUCGAGUAUCGUGGCGAUUAUACAGCCGAUGAGCAUGAUAUGGAUGACAGCAGCCGCACUCCGCCCCAGGAGCUGUGUGAUGUCGAUAUCAAAGAGGAGGAGACAAAUGAGACCUUCAAUGAGGCAUUUAACAGUCAUCAUCAUCUUCAUGAUGUCUCAAAUGGUGAACGUUUGAGUGUAUCACCCAAUCACAGUCGCAAUGGCAUGCGCGAGGUGGAAAGUCCUGCCACUGUGUCGACAGCCUCUGGGCUGUGUGAUGCCAGCUCUGGUGGUGGAUUUUUGACACCCAGCGGGGCCGAAAUGUCUGGAUUUCAGGCUAAUUUCAAUAUGAACAACAUAUCCGCCACAUUGGAGGCUCUGAAUGCAUUGAGAACGGGACAAUUUCCAAGUGCAGCAGCGGCGGCAGUGGCCAUACAGCAGCAGCAGCAGGCUCAGGCGGUGGCUCUCCAUCAGAACAACAACAACAACAACAAUAAUAACAAUAACAACAACAAUGAGGAGGACGAUGAUCUGCCCAAACCAUUGGCCAAGAGACAGCGUACCAGCAGCGGCAGCUUAAAUAACGAGGAGCAAUCAACUCCACUGAGCACAGUAGUCAGCCCAUCCAUUGUACACACAUCAUCGGACAAUCAGGCCUUGGAGCGAUCCACCACAGCCACUGGCAGCAGCAGUAACGGACCAGGGAUCACAUCGUCAUCCGCAGGAAAUGGCCACAAUAACUUCGAGCUUCGUCUGUUUAUGGACAUGCAGAGCAAGGAGCACAUGAUGCGCAUGAAAAUUCUGGAAGUACAAUUGCAGGCGGCCAAGCAUAGUCGGGAUCUGGUUGAGAUUAACAAAACAUUGGCUCUCCAAAAGCUUCAGGAAUUGGCCACCAAGCGUUUGCCCAGUUAGGGGCUCAAAUUUAAACUGGUUUUAUGUUGUUUUAGUUGCUAAUGUUUUAAAUUUAAUGAUGAUUUACAUAGUUAUUAUUUAAGUAACACACAUACAUUUAAACCCACACACUUACACACACAAACACACAUAGAAAAGGAGAGAUUAUGAAAGAGAGAGAUAGAGAAAGAGAGAGAGAGAGAGAGAGAGAGAGUUGCAUACUCUACAACAUUCCUGGCAUUGUUGAACAGUAUUUUUUAUUUUGAUUUUUUAAUGGAGAAAGCUAGAAGCAAAACUAAACGCACACAAAUCGAUCAUAAGAGAAAAGGACCAGGAGGCGCUCAAAAGUAUGCCAUAUUAUUUUUUACUAGACUCCCGCUACCUCACACAAAAACACCAUCCACACACACAGACACACUCUCACACACAAGAUGUAGAGGAUGCACUUGACCAAGUCGAGUGCUUGUUUGGAAAUAGAAAGAGUUCGCAUCGACAGCCAGUCCAGCAUUCAAUUUUUAGAUCACUAGUUCUUACAAUUAGUUCUUAUAAUAGUAAAAAAAAAAGCUCUCCAAGUUGCUCAAACUUUACGUACUUAUAAAAAAAAAAAACAUACAUAUGUAUAUGUUCUUGACUUGAGUUCUUCUAACUAACCCAAAACACCAAUACACACCCACCCACCCACACACACUCACACACACACACACAACCCUUUUUUGUAGUCCUAAGUUAUCAAUUAAUCUGUCACAAACUUAUUUGAGAAAACGAAACAAAGGACAGUAUUUAUAAUUUAUCUUUGUACAGAUUUUAUGUUAAUGUUUUGUUUAAAUGCCAUACGGAAAGGAAAACAAAAACCUAACCAUUUUCAAAUUAUCCUUUUUUCCUCCCAAGAAAAUUGUUACCACACACGAAAAAGAAACACACACACAUGAAACUACUAUAUAGUAUAUAUACAAACUAUAUACAUAUAUACAUAUGUAUAUGUAAAAGAAAAAUUAUUAAUUUAAAGAAAGCUUCAUCGUAAAGCGUGUAAAUGAGAGAAAUACAAAAUUAUUUUAAAUAAAAAAAAAAGAAAAAAGUUUAA